GUUCUAAUGUCUUGCUCUAUGUUUUUGUUGUAGCUCUUUUGCUGCUGGUAGGUGAAGUCAAAAUGGAAACGACAUGGCCUACAGUGUGUGUUAUAUUUCUUAUUUUCGCCUCUGUAACACACACAGAGUCGUUGACCAGGCAACUAAAUACGGAAAACAUCCUGAUUAACGUGACAGCAGGGACGCUGGCGGAUACACAACUUCAGGAUUCUAACAACUUGCAGAUAAAUUUAAAUAUAUCGGUGGGCGAAGAACAGGUGUUUGUCAAUGACAUCCCUGUAGAGCUGUCAGGAGUCACCAGGUUCAACUGUCAAGCACUUCUCUUGGACAGCAUCAAUGGAAGCAGCGAGUUCGAAUCGGGGGACUUGGUGUCGACUGUCACCCGGGUGAUGGUGAGCCAGAACAGACUGUACAGUGACUCAGAGGAGGUGGUGGCUCUUCAAGUGUUCAGUGAAGUCAUAGAAAUGGAAGGCAAAGAGGUCCAGCAGCCUGACAUGUGUGAGGUGAAAAUCCUGAUGAGCCCAGACUUCCAGAAGCUGGCUCAGUUUACCAACAUCUACCCCAUCGGACACAGCGAGAUCUUCAGGGUUCCCAGGGAAAACGACGUUGUUGUCACAGAUCCACCGAAUUCUAGAAAAGAUGAAGAACAGCUGAUGUCUCAGACCACCAGCCAGUAUCCCCUGAAGCACACAGAGACCACCCAGGAGGAGACUGCAGCUCCGGGAAAGCUUCCAGAGACUCCCCUGCGUAUGGACCCCGACCUGCUUUAUGAUGUCCAAUUCGAUGAUGAAUUUGAUGACCGAGACCCGAGCCAGUCGGAUCAGAAUCAGAUGGAAUCGCCGCCCAAGGAAUUCAUAUCAUCUUACUCUGCCAUGUGUCAGUGGGUAGAGCAGGCCAGGGUUCGUCUGCGGCGCUUCUGCUCCGAGUCACUGCCUCUCUUCUUCCUGGUCAUGUGGGUGGUGGUGAUCGGCGUCGUCGGAUCAGCCGUCAUCGUCAGGAUCUUGGACAUGUUCUUCCCGAUUUGUGAACACAAGCACAUUUUCCACCUAAACCCAGUCACUCUAAUGCCAGAGGACGAGAAGCACAACCUGCUGGAGAACAUUGAAAUAGAAGCAGAGGAAGAAGAGAAGCCUUGAAUGAGGAUUGACUUGGUCAGCUCCCUUCAGUUUGUUCUUAUUUGUCCUUUAACCUACUGCUUCGUUUCAAGCUUAUAUUCAGAUCUGUGAACCACUAUUGCUUUACACUUCAGUUUACUCUUUAAACACGUUAGCCAUAAAACAGGAGCUAGUUUAAAGAGCCUGUAUUAUGGGUUUAGAUCAAAUUCCAGUCUUUCAGGUUGGUGUGUUGGAAAGCUGAUGGUAUGUUACCUGAUUCUGCAUGCUUAACUCAUUGUUUGAAAAUGAUUUUGCUGUUGUAUUUGGUCAGAUAAAUGUCACAUAUAUUGAGGCACUAAUGACUCUACCUAGCUACUUGCCUUUUAAGGUAAGUAACAAGGUGAUGCAUUACUAUUUAAUAGAAAGCUUUGGAGUACUUUUGCUUUACCCAAUACCAAAACAAAAUCCGAGUUUUAUUUAAUUUCUGUAAUAUUUUAUGGUCUACAUUUUAGUGGCAAAGUGGUCCAACCCACAACCCAAAUACAGCGUUACAGUGGCACUUCAAAUGUUAGACCAUUCUUCAGAACGCAAAAUUUUGAACCCUUUUUUCUCAAAGGCUGCAGAAAGUGGGUGAGACCACUCUGCUUCCAAACCCUUCAAGUGAUGUGCGCCAAAGAUUUGAAGCUCAGCUUUUAAAGAGAAUAGUUUGGUGUUUUGUGAAUUAUACUACAGAUUCGUCAAAAACAUUGACACCGCUCUCUAGUGAAGCUCCAGAUGCUGGUUUAGCUUAGCUUAGCUUAGCUUAGCUUAGCGUGAAGACUGGAAACAGGAUAAAACAGCUGCGAUAUGUUGUCUUCUAUUAAUUUCAUUUAAAAAACUGUAAGACUAAAUCAGACAACUUGUGUUUUCAUGGGCUAUUUUUUGGGUAUGGUGGAGGACCUUUCAAGAGGUUUGUCCUACCACGACAUUGCCAGGCAACCAGGAUAUUUCCUAAAAUGCCAAGCUAUCCCUUUAAGUCAACUUUUCACAAGGAAUCCUCAAUUUUAAAAAAACAUAGCGAUUCAAUGACAAUUGAAGACGAGAAGCUUCAGAACUCCGACUAAAUAGAUUAUCUGGUGAGAUCGUUUCCUCAGUUUUCUUUUUCUUUUUACCAAAAGGUAGCAGCACAGGUAAGAACAGUCUCAAGCUUGAGGAAGAAGCUGAUGCACAGUGAGUUCUGUGGGCUGAGACAAUGAAUACGAACAAACUGAGUGUUUUAGGAACUGCAUCCAAUUAUUUAAAGUUUACGUUCCCUGAAAACACUUUGUGUCUGUAGCAUUAUUGUACAGGUCACUUUUUUCGCACUAUACUUCUUUUUCUGCCAAAAUUGUACCCUCACAGCUGGAAAAAAUGAAGAAAAUGGACUUAAUCAGUAUAUUUAUUUAACAUGAGGCAGGCAUAUUGUCGUCCUUUAAGUGAAGACAAGAUAAUUGCUUCAAGCAUUAUAUUUGAAUCUGCUGCUGCCGGUAGAUCUGAUUAAACAAUGUUUAAUCAAAAUGAAGGCAAAGCUAUGCAGAUCACCAUGUGGGCAUGUUUUGAGUCACAGUUUAGAAUCAGUGGAUCUAAAGUUCACGACUAAAAAGCACCUCCCUGUGAGGCCAACUGCACACUUUUGAAGGUUAAUAUGUUGAUUUUCUUUCCUUCACGGUGCCUCUGUGACUAUUUGGGGGACUCUAUCACUAAAUGGGGAAUCAUAUUGUAUUUUUCUUUAAUCGUUUUGUGUGCGGCUUCCUGUUACUAAUAGAAUGUAAAUGAUGUCUUUCAGAAUGUCUAUGCACUUCUAAACAUAUAAGGCAAACUACUGCUCUGAGUGAACUGAUGUAUAAUACAGUACAAGACUGAUUGUUAAAAGAGAGAAUCUGCACUUAAAGAGUUGGAUUUGGGGGUGACACCUGCAUGGAUGUGGUUAAUCGCAGCAGGAUUUGUAGGCAGCAUUGGCUCAGACAAGAAACCUCCUUAGUAUCACUCCAGAUGUUUCACUGGGCUGGUUCUGAGGGACCAAACAGCUGGACCGGUCAUCAGUCAAAAACAUGGGUUUGAUUCAUCCUAAAUUCAGCAUCAGCGUGUUUAUUUUGUGUGCGUGUGUGUGUUUGUUAUUUCAUUACUUGUCGAGCUUUUUCUAAGACACCCUAAAAGCAUCAGCUUGUGCACCUUAGAGCAGCUGAAGUCAUGAUUUUAUCUUCUGGGCUAGGUUAAAACUGCAGAAUGCAUGAUGUACUCCGUUAGCAAAAAGGUGCAUGUGUUGUCUAGCUAGUGAAUGCAGUUUGCUGCUCAAUCAGCAACUUAUACAUGAAAACUAGGAAACUGCAUGAUGACUCAAAGCAGCCUCAGAUUCCUAAUUGUUCAGCUCUGUAUAACAGAGUGCUGUAGAUAACACUAAAUUUAGCCUGCAAGGCAAACAGUGUAUCAGGCAUGAGGUAAUAAACAACAGAAAUAUGUUUUAAUUUGCUCUUCGUUUAAACGGUGUUAGAUCCAUGUGUUAUCUUUUUGACAUCUGUGUGCAAAAAUUGUCUGAAUUACAGCUGGACUGUGUAUUUGAGUCAAAUCAUGCUGAUUAAAUGCUUUCCUAAAGACCAUCAAACCUUA